ACCCAAUCAAAUUACGCUUCGAAGUUCCUCACAGGAUUUCGAUUGGCUAGCAGGUCAAGGAGGCGGGACUUGUCUGAAAGCGGCUGGGCUACCAUAACUUCCUGUUCUGUGCAGCGUCUGAACCGCUACAUUUCCUGCUGGACCUCCUCCAUACAUAGCACCCGGCUUCAGGAAAAAUAAUCAUAUAUUUAAUUCAUUAUCCAUUUAUUAACAAACGGUGGGUUUAGCAGCUCAUAAUAUCUUAAAUGGAGACCUCUGGCAACUCGAACAAGAAGCAGAAAAUAAGCAAUGCACCCGAAAGCUGGGGAAAGCAAAGAGCCACUAAUGUCACUUACCAGGCCCAUCAUGUGAGCAGAAACAAGCGUGGACAGGUAGUGGGGACCAGAGGAGGUUUCAGAGGGUGCACUGUGUGGCUUACAGGCCUUUCCGGCGCAGGGAAGACGACGGUCAGCAUGGCCCUCGAGGAGUACCUGGUGUGCCACGGCAUCCCAUGCUAUACGCUGGAUGGAGAUAACAUCAGACAGGGCCUUAACAAGAACCUGGGCUUCAGCCCUGUUGACCGCGAGGAGAACAUUCGCCGUAUCGCAGAGGUGGCCAAACUGUUCGCAGACGCCGGGCUCGUGUGCAUCGCCAGCUUUAUUUCUCCAUAUGGCCAGGACCGUCUGAAUGCCAGAAAGAUCCAUGAAACUGCCGGUCUGCCGUUCUUCGAGGUUUUUGUGGAUGCUCCUCUGGACGUGUGCGAGCAAAGAGAUGUCAAAGGCCUCUAUAAGAGGGCUAGAGCUGGAGAAAUCAGAGGCUUCACAGGAAUUGACUCUGAAUAUGAAAAGCCAGAGGCUCCAGAACUGGUGCUAAAGACAGAUUCCUGCAAUGUGAACGAGUGCAUCCAGCAACUCCUGGAUCUCCUACAGGAGAGGGACAUCGUGCCUGUGGAUGCAUCCUAUGAGGUCAAAGAGCUCUAUGUGCCGGAAAACAAGCUGGACUUGGCCAAGGCAGAUGCAGAGACACUUCCAGCCAUGGAGAUCACAAAGGUGGACAUGCAGUGGGUCCAGGUGCUCGCCGAAGGGUGGGCCACGCCUCUGAACGGUUUCAUGAGAGAGAGAGAGUACCUUCAGUGUCUUCAUUUUAACUGUCUGCUGGAUGGUGGGGUUAUUAACCUUUCGGUGCCGGUGGUCCUGCCUGUCUCAAGUGCAGACAAGGAGCGUUUGGACGGCAGCACCGCGUUCGCACUGGCCUACGCCGGCCAGCGUGUCGCCAUCCUGCGCAACCCGGAGUUUUACGAGCACCGCAAAGAGGAGCGCUGUGCCCGGCAGUGGGGUACUACCUGCAAGGAUCACCCGUACAUUAAGAUGGUGAUGGAGAGCGGCGACUGGCUUGUUGGAGGAGAUCUCCAAGUUCUGGAUCGGAUAUACUGGAACGACGGGCUGGACAGUUAUAGGCUCACCCCAACUGACCUCAAGCAAAAGUUUAAAGAGAUGAAUGCAGAUGCCGUCUUUGCCUUCCAGCUGCGGAACCCCGUGCACAACGGCCACGCGCUGCUCAUGCAGGACACCCAGCGGCGUCUCAUUGAGCGUGGCUACCGCAGGCCCGUGCUGCUACUCCACCCGCUGGGAGGCUGGACCAAAGACGAUGACGUGCCGCUCGCCUGGCGCAUGAAACAGCACGCUGCUGUGCUGGAGGAAGGGCUGCUCGACCCCAACUCCACCAUAGUGGCCAUCUUCCCCUCGCCAAUGAUGUAUGCUGGCCCCACAGAGGUACAGUGGCACUGCAGGGCCCGGAUGGUAGCUGGGGCCAACUUUUACAUUGUGGGCCGUGACCCGGCGGGAAUGCCUCACCCUGACACCGGUAAAGACCUCUAUGAGCCUUCCCAUGGAGCCAAAGUCCUCACCAUGGCCCCUGGUCUUAUUUCUUUGGAGAUUGUGCCUUUCAAAGUUGCAGCUUACAACAAAGUCAAGAAGGCAAUGGACUUUUAUGAUCCGAAAAACCACCAGGACUAUGAUUUCAUCUCAGGAACCCGCAUGAGGAGGAUGGCUCGCGAAGGCCAGAACCCUCCGGAAGGCUUCAUGGCGCCCAAGGCCUGGUCCGUUCUCAAGGAGUAUUACCAGACUGUGGAGAAGGCCUAAGUCGUUUUGCAGGUCGAUGGGAGGAAGCAUUUCUGUUACAAAAAGGGAGGGGGGGUGGAUGAUGAAGAUAUAAAAAAUGAUGAUACACUGGGACCACCCUUUGGACUUCUCAAGCUAUUUUGGAUGUUACUUGCAAGAUGCACAUAAAAUCACUUUUUCAUGAGUCUUAUGAGAGCAUUUUAUAUGUUAUGGUUUAAAAAAAUUAAUAAUGUGAGUUGGUGAACGGUACGAUUCUCAUGCUGUAAACAUAAGAUUAUUAGUGGUUUAUGCAGUCUCUAUUCUUGUAGAUUGUAUGUUUUCCACAGUUUUCAUAAUAACGGUUACAAUUGGACGAAAGACAAUUCAGAAUUUGCCUUAAUGACAAGAUUUUAUAUAAAAAUGACUUGCUUUAAAGGAAUGUUCUGGGUUCAAUACUGUUCUGUUGACAGCAUGUAUAGUGAAUGGUCAAUAACUGUACAAAACAAUUGUUAUUACUGUGAAGCACCUAAAUAGGAACACAUUACAAUUGACACAGUUUAAGCAUGUUCACAAUAUUAUUCCCAGUAUUUUCAUCCCAUGUCAUCAUGGGGCAGGGUUUAAAAAUUUGUGAAGUAUGAAGAAUUGUGUUAUAAUAUUGUAUUAUGAUGUCCUUAAAUAUUUUACUCUUCAUUCUCACACGUUCAAAUGGAUGUACCUGUAUUUCCUUUUCUUGCUCUCCCUGUCCUGCUCCUCGGUUCCUCUCUAUUCUCAACGUCCCUUUUGCUUUCCUCCCUGUCCUUGUCCUAUCUGUUCCACUGCUCUAUGUCAGUGGUUCUCAACUCCAGUCCUCGGGACCCACUGCUCUGCACAUUUUGGAUGUCUCUCAUAUCUGACACACUCAGUUCAGUUAAUGGAAUCUAUCCAAACAAGCUGAUGAUCUGAAUCAGGUGUUAAAUAAGGGAGACAUCCAAAAUGUGCAGAGCAGUGGGUCCCGAGGACUGGAGUUGAGAACCACUGCUCUAUGUCAUCCUCAUCCCUGUUGCGUUCCUCCCUGUCCUGCUCUUCUCUUUUCAUUUGCUUUAUGUUCUUCUUCCCCCGUCGCUUUCCUACCCGUCAUAUUUCUACCCUUCACUUCCCUCCCUGAAGCCCAAUUUAUAGUCCUGUGUAAGAUCUACGCCGUAGGUUAUGGGUAGCCUGUUCGUAUCUCUGCGUAGCCUGACGUAUACCUUGCAAAAAUUUUAACAGCGCGUCAGUUCUAUGUGGACCACAAGCGCUGUGAUUGGUCCAGCAGAACCCCUUCCGUCAGGUAAAAAAACUGCAUCAUAGGUAUUUCCGUUUGCGACAUUAAAAACAAAGAUGGGCCAAGUUGAGGAGUGAUUUAACUCGCACUGCAACAAAAGUCGCUGUUUAUAUACUUCCAUCAUUGCUGGUCUUCUCAAAUCAUUCACAACAAGUUGCGUUUUUUCUUCGUUUGUGGGUUAACUUGCCAAGCUGCUUCUACUGUGGUUACACGCAUGGAUACUGCCUACCAGCAGUCUGCACGUGUAUGCACGUUGACGACGACGCAAAAGUAUAAAAGAAAACCGGACUUAAGCAACACAAGCCCUUGACACUUUCCUCUCUGUCCUACUCCUCUCUCUUCAUUUGCUCUCUGCUUUUCUCGCUGUCGCUUUCCUCCCUGUCCUGCUCCUCUCUCCUCAUUUGCUCUCAGUUCUCCUCCUUGUUACUUUCCUUCCUGCCUUUUUCCUCCCUGUUGUCUUUCUUCUUGUCCUGCUCCUCUGCUUUCAGUUCUCCUCCUCCCCAUUGGUUUCCUCACUGUCGCUUUCCUCCCUGUCCUGCUCCUCUCUUUUCAUUUGCUCUCAGUUCUCCUCCUGCCUGUCACUUUCCUUCCUGUUGUCUUCCCCCCUGUCCUUUUCCUCUGCUCUUAGUUCUCCUACUCCCCCAAAGCAAUGCUUUCCUCCCUGUCCUGCUCCUCUCGCUUCAUUUGCUCUCAGUUCUCUUCCUCCCUGUUGAUUUCCUCCCUGUCAGUUUUCCUCGUUGUACUGCUCUGCUCUCUGUCUGUCCUCCUCUUCCCUGUCGCUUUUCUCCUUGUUCCUCUAGUUUUGUAUUCUUCCUGUCGCUUUCCUCCCUGUCCUGCUCCUCUCUCCUCAUUUGCUCUCAGUUCUCCUCCUUGUUACUUUCCUUCCUGCCUUUUUCCUCCCUGUUGUCUUUCUUCUUGUCCUGCUCCUCUGCUUUCAGUUCUCCUCCUCCCGAUUGGUUUCCUCCCUGUCCUGCUCCUCCCUGUCCUGCUCCUCUCUCUUCAUUUAAUCUCAGUUCUCCUCCUUGUUACUUUCCUUCCUGCCUUUUUCCUCCCUGUUGUCUUUCUUCUUGUCCUGCUCCUCUGCUUUCAGUUCUCCUCCUCCCCAUUGGUUUCCUCCCUUUCCUGCUCCUCUCCAUUUGCUCUCAGUUCUCCUCCUUGUUACUUUCCUUCCUGCCUUUUUCCUCCCUGUUGUCUUUCUUUUUGUCCUGCUCCUCUGCUUUCAGUUCUCCUCCUCCCCAUUGGUUUCCUCACUGUCUCUUUCGUCCCUGUCCUGCUCCUCUCUCUUCAUUUGCUCUCAGUUCUCCUCCUUGUUACUUUCCUUCCUGCCUUUUUCCUCCCUGUUCUCUACCUUCCUGUCCUGUUCCUCUGCUCUCAGUUCUCCUCCUCCCCAUUGCUUCCCCCCCCGUCGCUUUCCUCCCUGUCUUGCUCCUCUCUUUUCAUUUGCUCUCAGUUCUCCUCCUGCCUGUCACUUUCCUUCCUGUUGUCUUCCUCCCUGUCCUUUUCCUCUGCUCUUAGAUCUCCUACUCCCCCAAAGCAAUGCUUUCCUCCCUGUCCUUCUCCUCUCGCUUCAUUUGCUCUCAGUUCUCUUCCUCCCUGUCAAUUUUCCUCGUUGUACUGCUCUGCUCUCUGUCCUCCUCUUCCCUGCUGCUUUUCUCCUUGUUCCUCUAGUUUUUCCUGUCACUUUCCUCUCUGUCCUGCUCGUUUCUUUUCUCCUCUGUCGCUGGUUCUCCCUGUCCACCUCUUUCGCAUUGCUCUUCUGGUGGACACUCAAGAGGAGUUUCAAAUUUAAAUUUUGAGUCUGGACUUUGGUGACCUCAUAUCUUGUCAUGUAAAGUGUUACAUGCAGAAAAAUAUAAACAGGAUUUAUACCA